AUGGAUUCUUUCGAUAAAGUCCCUCGAUUCAUCUACAACCCAACUGUGAAUCCAGAUAGGGAUGCAGAUUUUACUGGGAUUCUUGAAAUCCAUGUUCAUCAUGCUAGGAAUAUUCAUAACAUAUGUAUCUAUAACAACCAAGAUGUUUAUGCAAAGUUCUCUCUCACCUAUAAUCCGGACGAGACUCUGUCAACCAGGAUCAUCAAAGGUGGAGGGAAGAAUCCUGAAUUCAAUGAGGAUUUGAUCAUGAAAAUCAACCAGAUUGACGCGGUUCUCAAAUGCGAAAUAUGGAUGCUUAGCAGGGCUAAGAAUUUCAUGGAUGAUCAGCUUCUUGGAUUCGCCUUGGUCCCAACAUCUUUAGUUAUUGGAAAAGGAAAGGUGACUCAAGAUUUUAGCCUGUCUUCUACUGAUUUGUUUCCCUGCCCAGCUGGUACUAUUAAAUUAUCUCUGUCUUUGACUGCAAAUCAAAAUGCUCCCCUAAAUCCCUCUGUAAAUUCUUUAUCUGAUUCGAUUGCCCAUUCGUCCAAAACUUCUGAUCUUUUAGUCGAUAAAAAGAUCCCAGAAGAGUAUUCCAGUAUAGAAUUUCCUGAUAUUAAUGUAGUCAGUGAAAACCAGCAAAUGGUUUCAGAAUAUUUUUGCUUGGCAAAGCCCGGAACCCUUCUGAGGCCAUGGCCUGAAAUGCCUGAUGGUUCAUUUCUUCAACUUGGGUCUGCCCCGAAUCUCCCACUCGAGGACUACGAAAUGGCUGCUGAUUCUUCUGAGGAGUACCGGGCUGAUUCAGUUUCUCCCAGUGGAAGCAUUCAGAACUCUGGUUUUCUCAGCUCUACGAUGACAAGUUUGAGCGAUGAUACCUCAAAUUCGCCGAAUGUUGCUUUGAUUAUAACAGCAGAAGCCAAUCCAAGGUUCGGUUCUCAUCCAGAAACUCCAACAUCAAAGAAGAAGAGCGAAAAAAAGGAAGAAAAUGAGCCUAAUUUAGUCUCAACUCAUUCAAGAAAUACGGAUAUUGAGGCAGAAGAAUCAGCAAUGCAGCAGCAGAUAGUUGAUAUGUACAUGAGGAGUAUGCAACAAUUUACUGAAUCUUUGGCCAAAAUGAAGCUCCCAAUGGCUUUAGAUAAACCUGAAAUUGACAAUCAAGGUGAUGUUAUUCAACACCCUAACAAGAACAUUGAAAUUGAUAAGAAGAAAAAGGACAAUUCCAGGGUUUUUUAUGGCAGUCGGGCUUUUUUCUAG